AAAGAGAAGGCCGGAAAGGGCAAGCCGCGGAAGAGCAACACGCCCUUCCAGCGGAUCAAGACAGACAACAUCCAGUUCGUCGACGACCGGUUGAAGGACAACGCGUUCGACUCCAGGGGUGCCGGCGCGAACGACUACGGCGAACGUGCGGCGCGCGAUCUGAUCGUGACGCGCGGCUCCGGGUUCAGGAAGGAGAAGAACAAGAAGAAGCGGGGGAGCUAUCGUGGGGGCGAGAUCACGGUGAGUCGCAGGUGCUCGUCUCUGUAA